AUAGCAGGAAAUGCUAUGAGCAUUUUAUGCCUAUAUAUUUAAAAAUUAAACUCUUCCCUGAAUAUUUUAGGAAACACAGCCUUAAUAUUUUCCUACCCCGUUCCUGUUUGUUUUUUUUUUUAAAUGAGGUUCAUAUGUCCCCGUCUCUGCACGAAGGUGUUGAGGGUGGAUUUGGUGGCAUUAGUGGGCCAGGAUGAGCAUCCAGGAACACCUCACCUGCUGCAAAGGGAAUGUGAGCUGUGCCACGCAGGGUGCCUUUGGCCCUUGCCUUUCCCUUGUCCUGUGCAUUGGAGAUCUCACUAAUCUUGAAAUACAAAAAGAAAAAAAUCAGAAAUAUGUAUAGUUAAGGAUGUAAAAGACGCGGUUCCUUUUGCCUUCCGCCUCCUGUGUGAUCGAGGAGGAGAGUGAAGACGGUGGUGGUUUUUCGACGUUCACACGGUGCUGCUGCAGUGAAAUGAGUCAUCGUUCCUCUCUGCCACCACGCAGCAGCUAGCGUGCGUUUUUGGCAAGAACGAGCAAAAAGUUUGCAGGGCACAGUCCUUUCUAAUCAACUGCUGUUAAUUCCUUUUGUGUUCAGAAAAACAAGUGAACCAGCCUCUCUCUAAAAGGCUAUUAAAACUGCUAAUGAUGGACGCAACUUGAUGAGAGCGUAUGCAAGCCAGAAUAUAAUUUUUGAUGAAGUCAGCUUCCCUCCCCCACCCUGCACUAAGCAAAAAUUUACUCUUCCCCUCCAUCAAGAUAAGCAAAAUGCUGGCGUUUUGUAUGCCUUGAACAUUUUGCAGUCGUUCAUGGUUAGGGUAAUGGCUGACAAAUUUCAUAAAGAAAUGGGAUAUUUUUUACAGUAAUUAUGAAGAUGAUGUCUUAUUGCUUUAAGUUCUCUAAUUAGGUAAAACAUCAAAGAGAGUCUUUUCUUGUUGUGCUGGAUCAUUUCUUGUUGAGAUAAAUACAGUAUGGGAUGGAACCAUAACAUCAGCGUGCCGUGCGUCUUACAGAGAAGGUUUGGUAAACUAUACAAUUUUUAAAAGUAAAAAAAAAAAAGUGAGGUGAAGCAGAAAGAAGACCAUUGACUAAACUGUAAAGAAUACAUUUAAUAAAUCUGUCUGAAGGCCAAAGAGGGAAAGAAAAGGUUCUCCAAAGCCAGCUUAUAAUGUCUUUUUCAUUGUUCUCUUGUCCUCCCACUCUCAGAAACAGUAAGCUCUCUGUGAAAGAGGGCGGUGGUGCUCCCGUUUCUGAAGGAGGACUCCUUCCUUCUGGAGCAUCUUUCUUUUGUAAGAUUUGCCUACGAUAGCUUUCAGAUAAGCUAAUCCUUCCACCUUGUUAAGUUUUCAACACUGGAUAAUUUCUUAAGAAGAUACUAAUUGCCAAGGCAGGCAACUAGAUAGCCUACUGUAAAGAUAUUUUUCUGCCUAUCUUGUAAUGUAAUAGCUUUCAAGAUUGAAAUGAUGUUUUUCAGCACCAUUGGGGCUAUUCAUUACCCAGCAGCUCUUGGUAUAAGAAUCCUGCAGAUUGGUUUGCGAAGUUUAGGAUAAUGUCUAUUUUGGAUACAGCAUGGUGUAUAAAUACUGUUUGUGUUAAAAGAAUUAGGAUGAAGUAAUACAGUUACAGAUGUGUGAUAAUUACAUUGCAUUUGUUUUGGGUGAGUAUUUGCAGUUGCAUGGUAGUGCACAGAACGGUCAGUGAAACCAGCAUUUUAGAGACAGGUAUAUUAUUGCUAUCUUCAGUAUGUUUUUUAAUUUACUUCUAAAUAUUUAUACAGAUUUUAUACAGAUAAACGGGCUAUUUAUGUUUCCAAAAUAAAACAUACUUGUAAUUUAACUGUCCUCUUGCCUGAAAGUCAUUUUAGAAUCGACACCUGAAACUGAGAAAUGGACAGAAAGUGGCCAUUUUUAAAUACUAUUUUGAACCUGAAAUCCUCUGCAGGGUCAUGUUAUUUGCCUCCUUAAUAACUACCUUUGCUGGGUCUGUGCGUGUGCUGGGGGUGUGUGGGUGUGUGUUUGGUGUACACACAGGAGAGGCUGACAGCAGUGAAAUUGUCUAAAAUACUAGCAAGAGUCUGCAUAAAUACAGAGUUUCCGAUUACUUUUAACUCGCUUGCUUUAUGUGUGCAGUUAUAUUGUUCAGCUUUGUACUGCUUGAGACGCUGUAUUCAGCAUCCUACAAGAAAGGAAGUUAUCUGGCAUCCCGGUGUACAGGAGGAAGAUGUUUAGAAUUGAGUUAAGGAAAUAGUGCUGUAGUGCAAAUCUGAGCUGACAGAGUUUUUGUUAUUUUCUUCCAAGAAAAGUUGUUCUUUAGCCUCUCAAAAAUAAAUUACGGGCUUUUGACCCUUUCUCUAGAAUGAUGAUUUUGCUGUAACAGCAUGAAAAUUAUUUCUCGCAAGUUUACAAAUACAAAAGUUGCUUCCCCAUGGAAGGCUGUAGUCUGGGAAUAUCGAAUGCGUUUCUGUGAUUCUCUGAUUUUUCUCAGUAUCUUAGUUUCGCUGUUUGAUUUCUACUCAAUGUUCUGUAUGUGCUUAUUAGCAGAGAGUGAGGAAGAGGAUGACAAUGAAAUGGAAGUUGAAGAUCAAGGUAGUAAAGAUGCGGAAAAGCCAAACAUCAUAAAUUUUGAUACCAGUUUGCCAACAUCACAUGUGUAUUUAGGUUCUGAUAUGGAAGAGUUUCAUGGAAGGACGGUGCAUGAUGAUGACAGCUGUCAGGUGAUUCCAGUGUUGCCCCACGUGAUGGUGAUGUUGAUUCCUGGACAGACGUUACCUCUUCAGCUUUUUCACCCCCAAGAGGUUAGCAUGGUGCGGAAUUUAAUUCAGAAAGACAGAACAUUUGCUGUUCUUGCAUACAGUAACGCACGUGAAAGGGAAGCACAUUUUGGAACAACAGCAGAAAUAUACGCCUACAGAGAAGAGCAGGAAUAUGGAAUCGAAACGGUCAAAGUGAAAGCAAUAGGAAGACAGAGGUUCAAGGUGCUUGAAAUAAGAACCCAGUCAGAUGGAAUCCAGCAGGCUAAAGUACAAAUCCUUCCUGAGCGAGUGCUGCCUUCAACAAUGUCAGCAGUACAGCUGCAGUCUCUCAGCCGAUGCCAUAUAUUUCCUUCUUCGAAACCUAGAGCAUGGCAGGACCGAGCUAUACAUCAGUGGUGGCAGAAAUAUCAGAAGAGGAAGUUCCACUGUGCGAGUUUGACAUCUUGGCCUCCCUGGCUCUACUCUCUAUAUGAUGCUGAAACCUUGAUGGAAAGAGUCAAGAGGCAGCUACAUGAAUGGGAUGAAAAUCUUAAAGAUGAAUCUCUUCCAGCAAACCCAAUAGAUUUUUCUUACAGAGUUGCUGCUUGCCUGCCAAUUGAUGAUGCAUUACGUAUACAGUUGCUUAAAAUAGGUAGUGCUGUUCAGCGACUCCGGUGUGAAUUAGAUAUUAUGAACAAAUGUACAUCUCUCUGUUGUAAGCAAUGCCAAGAUACAGAAAUAACUACCAAGAAUGAAAUAUUCAGUUUAUCCUUAUGUGGGCCCAUGGCAGCGUAUGUGAAUCCUCACGGCUACAUCCAUGAAACCCUCACUGUAUAUAAAGCCUGCAACUUGAAUCUCAGCGGACGACCAUCGACAGAGCACAGCUGGUUUCCUGGGUAUGCCUGGACUGUAGCCCAGUGCAGAAUCUGUGCAAACCAUAUGGGAUGGAAGUUCACCGCUACCAAAAAGGAUAUGUCACCUCAGAAAUUCUGGGGAUUGACGCGGUCUGCUCUCCUGCCUCGGAUUCCAGAAACGGAGGAAGACUCAGGCCACGAUAGAUCGCCCUUGCUCUGCCUGUAAUCUAGUCGCCUGCUUUGGAGACGAACAGGCAGCAGUCUGUCUCUUCAGUGCAUCUGCUCAGUUCUGCUUCUGAUGCUUACUCAAAAAGCCCAAGAACCCACACCCACAAAACAACCAAGCAAGCAGGCUCACUACAUUUGGGUUUGGUGUGUAUCCACGUUACUGUUGUUUCGGACGAGAACUGAAGGUUGACUCUUUAGAAUGACAGCCGGGGAGAGGAGGUGGCGUCAGACACCAAGAAACCGAGCUGAUCCAUCUGGACAGACUUGAGGCUGAACUUUCCCCUUCCUUGUAUAAAUACAGAAAAUGUUUACUGCUAUCAACUCGCAGUGGAAGAAGGUGGGGGGAGACUGAAAUUACGAAUUAACAGAGUAUGAUUUAUGCAAUAUAUGUAUGAUGGUAGAUACCAGUUACUUGCUGGGGAGUAUUUUCCGCAAUAGACUUAAAAGUGGUUUUGCUGAGGAUCCCUGUUUCUAACUGUGUGGAAUAACUCAAAAUUUUAUGCUCGUGCUGUUUCUCAGAUAUUUGCUGAAUAACCAUCACAGAGAGUACGAGACUUCUGACUGCCGCUGUGUUGGUAAUGUCCUGCAAGGGGCAGAGGCACGAGCUUCCCGCUACCUGCAGCUCGGCCAGCUGCGUUACGGGGUGCCCAGGGAAAGGAACCCACGUGAAGUAUUCGGUCCUUAGAAGUUGUCUGAUGUAUUUAGGAUCUUUGACUUUAGAAGUCUUAAAUUUUAAACUAUUUAUACAAAAUAGACACGGAAUACAUUGUCGUUUACUGUCGAAUGUGCUUAUAUUUACUUUUCAAAAUUAUUUCUGUGAAGAGUAGUUUACCAGCAUACAUGCCCGGGGUUCUGUGAAGUACUGUCUAAAAUAUGUAACGACGGAGGUUUUUCAGUAGUAUUUAUUUUGACAAGUGGGAGGCAACAUCUCUUUAAUAUUUUUUUGUUUUCUUUUACACUUCCAUAUCAUGAAGUAAAAUUUCACAUUAUCACCCUUACCUUACAAAGAGCAAAAGUUCUAAAUAAAACAGAAAUGAAAGGCAGUGCUUUUUUUUUUUUUUUUUAUUGUCUGAAGUGCUGUCUGUGCUGCAGAAACUGGGUGCCAAAAUGGGGCAGCUUUUGCCACUGAUUUUUGGGGUGUUUUUCCCUCAGAAUGCACUUUGGUGAUGGUAAUUGACAAUUUCUUCAGUACUUGUACAUAGACACUUUUUUUUUCUUUUGAAGCUUUAUCAUUCACUCUUUAUUUCUUCACAGUAAACCUUUGAGAACUUGCAUUGUUAAAUGUAACGACACAAAACUGCUUAAGACUGAAGACAUCGGCCGCUGCUUGCUCGUCCUCAGUCACGCCCCUGCAUCAAACGUUUGUCCCGUGGGCAGAUGGCAUCCGAGAGGGGCGAAGUCAGACCUCUCUGCAGGACGAGCGGCUGAUCUAAAAGGCGCUGUGCCACCUCUCAGAGUGCAGCUGAAGAGGCACCCAGGCGUGAAAAGAUGCUAGGUGCUGCAGGGCUGUUAGGAGAGUUUAUUAUGCUAGCAUUAUACAAAAUCAAGAGGACUUUGUGACAGUGGCACGGAGUUUACGAUGGGCAUCACCACGUCGCUGCUCUGCAAAGCCGUAGGCACGUGGCUGUGGGGAAGCAGCGGAGAAGGACAGCGUCCCAGCCUCCUGUUCCGUUCCGUACAGCUUUGUCUGGAGGAUUUCUCGAGUUAUUGGCGCGUAUGGGACAGGUCACCCACCUGAACAGAAGCCCUGGUAGAGCACUGGGUACCUGAAGCCGUUGUCCCCGACUGUUUUGAAGCCACAGAGAAAUUACAGAGGCUCUGAAAUGGAAGCACGUUACAUGGCUUCCUUGUGCUGCAUGCUCUCCUGGAGAAGGUGCUGUUCAUUAAGCUGUCCCAGAGCAGCCUGGCUGGAGGCAAACUGAGCAGGCAUGACUGAGGGUCCUGCAGGAGAUCAUGGCUUUGCUGCUCGGCCAGACCCGCAGCCCAAGUGCUGAGGUGGUUCAAGUGGCAGGUGAGAGUGAGUUAGUUAUUUUAUUUUAUUUUCAUUGACCAAAGGACAAGCCAAGGGUAAACAGAAAGGAGGGCAAAGCAGAGCAAGCAGGCCAGCACCAGUACCAGGGAGUGGUGGGGGGGGGGGAAGGCUGCCCCCACCCCAGGAACGGGCAGGGAGCACCCUGUGAAACUGCGUGUGUACACCCCCCCUAUAGAUCAAUCCAUACAUCUGUGUACAGAUACACCCCCCCCUCUGUACUCUGUCCCCCCCAAGGGCAAGGGGUGUAGGGGAACCCUUGGUCUUUGCCUCUUUUUCCAGCAAACCUGAAGAGCAAUGGGCUCAACACCAAGUAGGGCUUCACGCUGGCAAGUCGGGCACAGCCACCGACCAGCAAAGCCACACAGGCUUUUCUGAUGCAUAACUUUUAAUUAAAACACAUUGCUAAUACCAUUUAAUUAGUCAGGUGAUCCAUUGCAGAAGAGUACUUUACCUGACCGUGCAUGUGUCAAACUGCUUCACUGCUUAUCUCCCAGUUUGAUAUUUAAAUAGUUCAUACCCCAGUGUUAAGUCAAACACAUCAUUUCUUCCAGAACUCAAGCUGGUACUACUUGCUUAAAAUAAGCGAUUGGCUUGAUUUAAUGCGGUUUAAUGCCUUUGAAAUACAGCAAACAGAGACGUUCACUGGACCAACCAGGAACCUCAGGCCUAACAGCAUUUUUCAAUGAGCGAUUUGAGCAAAUGUGCUAACUCUGCUGAGUUCAAGGUGGGGCUGUUUGUUUAAUUAAGAUGCUUUCAGAAUAAUUUGAUUGUGCUGUUUCUCACAAGCCUUGGCGACUGUAAAGGGUUCAAGCUCGGGUCCUUGAGGUUUGACCCUGACCCCAGUUUUGGGUAACAUGAAGUGCAGCUGCUAAUACUUUACCACCUCCCCAGAAGUUGCCUUAAAAGGUGCAGUUUUGUGAAGCAUUCUUUACAAGAGCCUACCCCAGUACUAAAUUUUAUACUUGUCUCCCUCCACAGAUUUCAGUAGUUCAACAAAUUGCACAAGAAGGCUUCAAGUUAAUUACAUCAUUAAAUCAACCAUCAUGUUCUUAUGAGAUUUGCCUUAUUAACAGAGAAAAACAGCUUUUUUUUUUUUUUUUUUUUUUUUGUUCCCUUGCUUUCUUCCUGACACUCCUAAGUACCUUUGGAAUAAUUUAACAUAACUGCCUUCCUAG